CGGGGUGGACAGCGCCGUGGCCGCCCUGCUGCUGCGCCGCCGAGGUUACCAGGUGACGGGUGUCUUUAUGAAGAACUGGGACCCUCUGGAUGAGCAAGGGGCUUGCUCCAUUGACAGAGAUUGUGAAGAUGCUUACCGGGUUUGUCAGAAGCUUGAUAUUCCUUUUCACCAAGUUUCCUACGUGAAGGAAUACUGGAAUGAAGUGUUCAGUGACCUCUUAAAAGAGUAUGAAUUGGGAAGAACUCCUAACCCCGAUAUUGUGUGUAACAAGCACAUCAAAUUCAACUACUUUCUUCACUAUGCUAUGGAUAACCUUGGAGCUGAUGCAAUUGCAACUGGGCAUUAUGCUAGGACCUCACUAGAGGAUGAGGAGGUAUUUCAACAGAAACAUACUAAGAGACCACAAAGACUUUUCAGAAACCGUUUUGAAGUUAGAAAUAGUAAGUGGUUUCUUCAUUUCAUAUUUCAUCCUGGAUAUGAAAGAGAAAUUUAAACUAUAUUUGGUGUCACAGAAUCGGGAAAGUUUGUUACCUUACACAGUUUAAACCCCAGCCUAGGUAGAAGGUUGAUUGCACAAAAGAGGGGAUUUACAUUACUGAAAAUUACCCUGACUCAUCAAAUAUUAGAUUUUCUAUUUUAAGAGUUCUAAUCCAGGUGCAGAGGUAAGAAUUGGCGUUUCAGUAGUAAUCAACAUUCUGGUGGAGCUGUAAUGUGGAUUGAGGAGACAAUGAUACCUUCUAUACCCUGGAGAAGUAUUUAAAGAAAUCAUUAUCAUGUAUUUCCAUGACUUGCAUU